UUCGAAUGGCGCAAUUACCUCCAAAAAUACCCAACAUGACCCAAAAUUGGCCUUCAUUCCCGCACCAAAGAUUGCCCGCUAUGCCAAACUUUGUUUCCACCACCAUCAAUGACUAACCACCACCCUCCUGGGUGGAUGAGUUCCUUGACUUCUCGUCGGCACGCCGCGGGGCUCACCAUCGUUCCAUCAGUGACUCCAUUGCUUUCCUCGAGCAACCAUUGAUGGAAGAAUGUAGGGACUCCAACAACAAUAAUAAUAAUAGCAACAACAAUGCCAUGAUGACCGAGACCAAUGUGUUCGACCGCCUUGAUGACGACCAGCUCAUGUCUAUGUUCUCCGACGACGUCGCCAUCACCAUGGCUGUUGCCCCGACCGUAUCCUCGUCGAACCCUUCGACGCCGACGUCGGAUCAAAACAGCAACAACGAUGAGAAACCGGUGCCGUCGCUAUAUCUGCAACAGCCCAAGAAUGAACCGGGAGAGGUGGAGAGCUCAUGCAAAACUGAACCACAAGCUACUCAGCCUCCAUCGAACUCCAAUGGCGACUCCAUCGUUGAUCCGAAGAGGGUAAAGAGAAUUCUGGCAAACCGGCAAUCAGCACAAAGAUCAAGAGUGAGAAAGCUGCAAUAUAUUUCAGAGCUUGAAAGGAGCGUCACAACAUUACAGACUGAAGUAUCAGCAUUAUCACCAAGGGUUGCAUUCUUGGAUCAUCAAAGACUGAUUCUCAAUGUUGACAAUAGUGCUUUGAAGCAAAGAAUUGCAGCUUUGGCUCAAGACAAGAUUUUCAAAGAUGCUCAUCAAGAUGCAUUGAAGAAGGAAAUUGAGAGACUAAGACAAGUCUAUCAGCAACAACAAAGCCUCAAGAAAAUGAACAACAGCAAUAACAACCACCAUGCACCGUCCCAACAGAUACUGCCACCGCCGGAGAAUGAAGAACUACUUAUGAGUUGAUCAAAGAAAUGGCAGUUAUAAGUUCUGGUGCAGAAAAGUAAAAUAAAAAUAAAUAAAUAUGCAAUAAAGCUAUCUAACAAUGGGGUUGGGGGGCAAAUUAUUUUUUUCAUGUUAUGUGUUUCCCAAUUGCUGUUUUUCUAUUAGUGUAGGGGUCCCUAUAUGACAAAAAGGAAAAAUUGAAGGGGCUGAAAAAAGGGACACGUGGGAUGCUAAGAUAGGAGGGUGACAUUUUAAUUCUUUUUUAUUUUUUAAAAUUGAUUAAUUAAUAUUAUUGUGUGGGUUUUGUUUGGG